AUGGAGCGUCUCAAGUUAGUCCUGCAGUACUUCCAGUCCAACUCUGAGUCCAUCUCCAAUGGAAUCUGUAUCAUUUUGGCCCUGGUCAGCGUCAAACUCUACACCAGCUUUGACUUUAACUGCCCAUGCCUGCCUCAGUACAACAAACUGUACUCUCUAGGAGUGAUGAUUGUCCCUCCGAUUAUAUUGUUCUUUCUGGGGGUCCUCGUCAACCGACAUACGGGUGUCAUGAUGGACGAGUGGAUGAGACCCAUUGGGAACAGAUCCAAAAAUCCUGCUGUGGUUAAGUACCUGUUUUCUGCCAUGAUCCAGAGGGCACUGCUGGCACCAAUGGUUUGGAUCCUGGUGACUUUGUUGGAUGGAAAGAUCUUCAUCUGUGCCUUCAGUGUGAGUGUAGACCCUGCACUCUUCUCAGGCUUGCCCAACAACACAGGUCUAGAUGUGGUCAAAAUUAUGGCCAAAGUACCUUGCAAGGAGGAUGUUAUCUUCAAGAACAACUCUUUCCACAAAGCAGUCUCUCGGUAUGUUCGCUGCUAUUCACAGGCUGUUGGCUGGUCCAUCCUCCUGUUCCUGAUUGUGCUGGGAGCAAUGGGGCGCCUUAUCAAGCCCUGCAUCGACAACCAUGCCAUCUUCCUGCAGACUCGCUACUGGAGCAAUUACCUUGAUGUGGAGCAAAAGCUCUUUGAUGAAACCUGCGUCCUGCACGCUCGCGACUUUGCCCGGAAAUGCGUGAUACAGUUCUUUGAGGAUAUGAGGGAGGACACUGUACUCCAUCUUCCCCACCCACACUUCAUCACCAACGUCAGAGAGGAGUGGGAGGAGGAAGAAGAGGAGAGACUCCAUGGAAUAACAAAACAGGAGCAGGUGGACCAGCUGCUUAACAAGUGGUACUAUAGUAAACCUGACCUGGAUGUCACCAGGAUUGCCCACAGACCCAAGACAUGUGUUUCGUGGAAGAACCACGAGGGGAAGACUUUAUACUCAGAUGUCUAA